CAAACUCAGAGAAUGUGCCUGUUGACAGCAAAACACAAAAGCGCAGAUUCGCUUCGGAGACAUUCCAUGUAUGUCCACAUUAUAAGAAAGUCCUAAAACAUUGGAAGUUGUACCAGAAACUUUAACGAGGUCGAUGAAGACUGUUUGACUCUAUCCCCGCGCCCUCUGAAAUUUGAUUUGGGUUGAGUAAACGGUGUGUGCGUAGCUGGUGUUCUGCUCUCUUUACCUGUGUGCCUGUUGAUCUGCUCGUUAGCACUGUUUUUCCUCCUAAUUUAUUGCCUGGAAUGCCAAGAGAAAUUUGCAAGUUAGAUGAGAAUUCACUGUCUAAGCUGGAAUCCAAGUCAUGGCAGGAGCGUAGAGACGCUCUAGAACUUAUCAGUAAUCAGUUAAAAGUCUCAACUUUACCGAGUGGACUUGUCAGUCAGGUGACCAAAGGAUUAUGCCAAGUGAUUUCAUCAGAUAAACAUUCAAUGUUGGUGAUUCGUGCAGCUGGUGUUCUACGUGAAUUAGUUGAAUCAGUUGGUAGUGGUUUUAUGAGUCAUGCAGAACGGGCUCUCACUGUUUGCCUGUUGAAAUUCAAAGACAACAAAGCACAUCUAUCUGAAACCCUACGUUCUGCAACAGAAGCUAUUGUGGAUAUGAUGCCUUUUGAUAUAGCCUUAAGACAACUACAAACUGCUUUAACUACUCCAGUGGCAAAAACACAAGCUGAAACAUUAAAUCUGUUAACUCAUCUCUUCCGUACAAGCAAACGAAAGUAUGAGCUUCAAUUGAAUCAACGGUUAAAAAUUGUUAAACCAAUUCUAUCUAAUACAGCGAAAUUCUCUGAGCAUAAAAGUCAAGAAUGUCGAGAUGCUUGUUUUCAAAUGUUUGCUUCAAUUUGUAUCUUUUUGGAUUUUACUAGUCAACAAUUCUCUUCUAUCAUUGAUAAUAUACUGGAUGAAUCACGACGUUCUAAGUUAGAUAUUGCCUUAUUGCAUUUACGUGAAAGUAUAUCAACUGAAAAUAUUGAUAAUGAGCAUAGAAACUCAGAAAAAGCAAAUAAAACAGUAAAACCUAAAAGUUCAUCCACUGAACAACAACAAAAACGACGACAACAACAGCAACAACAGUUGGUAGAUAAUCCUGACUUUAGCAUUACUCCCAUAAAAUCGUCACCUCGAAUAGUGAUGAAUAAGUUAAGUAAAAGAAACAAACAACUGAGAACAUUUCAAACACAAAAUCAUUUAUCGACGAGUACACCAUUUUCAGAAGUCCGUAAGGUGGGUUCUCACAAUGUUAAACAGAAUAAUAAGGUAUUAACACCUAGUAUAACAGAGGUGUCUAUGUCGUUACAACGUGCAGGAGCAAAACAACCGUCAGCAGUGGUUACAAAGAAAGCUGUGAACAGCAGAAGGGUUGUCCAAUCAAAAGCUGAAAAGUGUAUACCACAAGAUUUGAAUUUGUCGUCUGGUCAGCUACGGUGUAAGCUGUCAGAAGGAUAUUUAGAGGAUGUGCCACUAGAACAGUUACUUAGUCCCACAUGGAAGAUUCGCCUACAGGUUGCUGAACGCAUUCAUUCUAUGAUCAAUUCUAAGCCACCAGGAUUUCCUGAUGUGCAUUAUUUAUUGCAGUACAUUUUAAACUGUGGUACUGUGAAAGACAGCAUCUUCCGUGUUCGUUGUGAAGUAAUAAAUAUUUUAUCACAGUUAUUAUCGAAAAAUAAGUCUCAAAAUUGGAUCCCUGCUCAGUUGUUAGAAAUGUUAUGUGACCAGUUAUUCGUUUCAAUUGGUGAUUCUAAAUCAGGUCCUCUAGUUGAACAAACCCUCCGACACCUGAUGGAUACCAUAGGAGUAUCGAAAAUUGUUGAGUGUAUUAAUAAAGGAUUGAAGAAACAGGUGUCUCCUACAGUUUGUUGUUCAUUAUUAAAAUGGUUGAGUUCAGUGUUGAAGUCCCUAGACUGCAGUUUCGACCAUGUGUUGCCUAUAGAAAUAGUAAAAUUCGGACUUGCAUCUUCUUCACCUAAUGUACGUAAUAUAGCAGUUGAAUUGGCUGGUGUCAUUCAUUAUCGUUUACGUUCUUCGAUGAAUAUUCUUUCGUUGUUUGCAUCUGAAAAACCAGCGAUAUUACAACGUUUACAAGCAGAGUUUGCUACGUAUGAUGUAGAAGAAGAAGAGAGUGUUGCUUCACCUGAACAUAUAAAAAAUGACGGGUCAACUUUCUCUGGUAUGGAAUGUCUUACUCCAGCUGCUGUUACGGCAUGGUCAAAAAGACAAAAAAGGUUGACAGCUGUGCUAGAUGUGGCUCCUUUAGACAGGCUUAUUGGUGCUCAAGGUGUUUUAGAAUUUUCUGAUUCUAGUGAGAGUCCAUUUACGGGCAGAAAAUCAUCACCUUACAAGAAAGGUGUUAUCGAGGCUGUAGUUCGUCAACCUUUACAAGCUGUACACGUGAAUUCCAAUCAACCCCCUUCAACAACUCAGCCAACUAGUUUACCUGACUGUGACACUAUUUUCUUCAUUGAAUCAAAUGAUGAGACCAGUUUACUGCAAGCCAAAGAAAUGCGUUUGGCCAGUCUAAAAAAACGUAUAAACAGAAGUUCAGAUGAGCUGCGUGAUUUCUUCACUGAAUGUCAUACUCAUCCAAUUGUGAUGAAACAGUUAUUUUCAGAAUCAUAUGAAUGUUAUCUGGAAGUACUUGAUCGAUUAAUGGCUUCAUUAGAUGAUAAAAAUGAAAAUGUGCAAACAAAGCAGCCGUCAGCUUUGAUUAUUACUUAUGCACAUUUUGACUUACUUCUAAUGUGGAUUGUACAAUACUGUUUGGGAUUAUGGUUAAAGGAAAGUAUUCGAAAGUGUGAAUACCAGAAUGUAAAGGAUAUUUUAACUCGUGCGUUUGACUACUUGACAGCAGUGCUGACAUUAUUUGCUCAGAAUGAUUUAAGACUGAGUGAAUACGAAGUGAAUAUAAUUCUAAUCCCACUAUUGAAGUGUGAAUUGCAAGCAAUGUUUGUAUACAGGGAUUCGUUUAUUAAUAAUAUUGCAACUGGUUUAGUGCGUCUUAUCCGUCAAGUUUAUCCUGCAAGUUUACUGAUAGAUAUAUUGGUUAAAUAUAUGCAUGAAUGUGGUAAUGCGAAAAUGCGACAAAUUUGCUUAGAUGAAUUAGUCUGUUUGAUACCGCGUUUUAGUGAUCCAAAGGGAUUAACAUCAGGAUAUGCAUUAAAGUCAAUUUCACACCAACUUGCUGAUUCAGAUGCUGGUGUGAAAAAAUCUGCAUUGGAUUGUCUACAAGCUGCUUAUAAAUCUUUUGGCGCCUUAUUUUGGCAACAUAUUGGAAAUAUUGGAGAAGAAGAUAAGAAAUUACUUGAAGAAUAUUUGUCUUGUGAAGCUGAAGGUAAUACAGCUGCCCUACCAACAGACAACUUUGAUACGUUGUCAGCGAAAACACCAUUUGGUUCUAUCAUUACCAAAGAUUCGACAGUGAAUGUUCAUCAUACACUUGAUUUUAAUCAUAUUAGACGAGCUGUGAGUCCACCGCCUGUGCACAUGUCUCCAGCUGAACCUACGCAUCUAUUGCGGUUGGUUAACAAACGUGAUGACCCAUCGUCAACAGAAUCGGAAAGAAUAGAAGCGUCGAAUGCACUGGAUGCAGCUUUAUUAUGCUUAGUUGGUCAGUUAGGCUGUUCUGUUUGUGAGGAUGCUGAAGAUGAAGUUGAGAACAUCGCCACAGUUGGUGAUCGUGGUACAAUAAUUUUUUCAGAUAAAAAUGACGAUGAUUUUUCUGGUCUCAAUAAUAUUCUUCUCGGAGCACUGAUCGACUUGGAAGUGCUUAUUCAGGAUUCACGAACAUGUGAUUUACUACCACCUUAUAUGCCUGAUAUCAUUACUCAGUUAACGCUACUUUGCAAUCGCCUGUUCAUAUCUGAGGUUAAUGCUGGUCAGGCUAUUUUCAUGGAUUGUUUAGGUGGUGAAUUAACAUGCAUUUUCUCACAACCCUUUCUAUUUCGAGAAGUGAAUGCUGAUCAUUUGAAGUUUCUGUUGGGUAGUUUAAUAGAGCUUGCUGAACGGCUACAAUUGAAUCGUGAAGCGCCUAGACUGUGUACAAACCGACGUGUUUUGCUCAUACUGAAAUUAGUUCGAUUUAUCUAUACAGCAGUUGAUCCAUCCAUUUGCUUGAGUGCUCUUCUACGUCUGGUGCAUAUAUGUUGUUUUGGUUGUGAUAUACGAAAUCGUGAAAACAAACCAAUUCACAAAAAUAACAAGGAUAAUGCUGAGGAUAAGUCGUCAAAGUUUCCUCAGCAAUUACGUGAACCGUAUUCUGUAGAUCUGGGACCGAAUUCGUUUGCCACUGUGGCAAAACUUUCACUUGCUCAACUGUCUUGUCGGAUUUCAGAAAUUAGGCAGUAUUUAAAUAAAAUUGAUUGGGCUUUAAUUCUACCAUUAUUGGAAGCAUUUCUGCCUAAUUCCUCCGGUGUGCAAAAACCUGUAAAGAUAAGAAGUAAUCGUUCUGUUUGCGUGGAAAUCUUAGGAAAGACUGUUAAUGCAAUUGAUGAUAUGCUCGUAGAAGUUUAUGCUUGUCGUGGUCAAGCGUUUAUUGAUGAAAUUGAAAAGUCUAAUGUGAAGUGUCCUUCUGUCCUCCGUGUUGUGGAGAAAUUAAAGUCUAUUAUGCGUGAAGCACCAUAUCCACAUUGUCCUGGUGGCAGUACUACUGGAGCGAAUCAGGUUUGUUGUUGAAGAUUAAUUGAAACGAUUUGAUUAGAUUUUGUUUUUUGUUAAUGGGAUUGCAUUUUCUUUGAAUAACCAAAUGUAAAAUGUUCUGUUUUCUGACAGCCUGUUGUUCUUCCCGAGAUUUUUUAUCAUAAAAAGUGAAUACAGUAUCGAAAUAGAUAUCUGGGACCAAAUUUUCACUGUAUAAAGGCCGAUAUUAUAUUAGUAGUUUUUGAUGCUUAAGUAGGUGGAAUAGGAUAUGAACCAGUGGCCAUAUCUCCACACGCUGUACUACACUGUGUGAAUUAAUAAAUAUUGCAUUAUUUUCAGGUAUUGGAUUUUUAGGGAUUGUGUUUGAUUGGUUGGAGGGUUUCAUGAUGAGCUGAUAUCAACUAGAGAACCAUUGGAAAACCUGGGAGUACUGGACAGCUGUUUCGUCCUAGUUUGGGAUAAUCCGCUGCUCUAUGGUAGUUUGACAUUUAUAAUAAUGAAGAAAUGUGCUACAUUUCACUUAACUAUGAUGUAGUUGAUUCUAUUUCACUUGAUAUAAAGAGAAGUAAUAAUGUGUUUCAUCAGAGGCCUGAAGACUUUGAAGCAAAGGGUUGUGAAUUUGAUUGAAUAGUGCUUCCAUGACAAAAACAUAGUGUUAUAAACCUCCUGACUUUGAGUCCCACCUCACCCCAUCUUGGAAAACGAGUAGUUUCGUCGGUCCUGACACAAUAAUUAUGUAGCUGGUACAUGACAAUUCGGUUACAUGUAACUGAUUUCUAAGUAGAGAUUGUUUGAUAAGGCUUCACUUAUCAAGAGUAGCUCUUAUUGAGGUGCACAGAGAGCGCG